CUGCCUCUCAAGAUUGAUUUUGCAAAGUUGAAAUUAGGUUCUCUCUCAAUUCUCUUGCCUCUAUCUCUCUCUUCGGCCCUUCUCUCUCCAGAUCAAUCAGAAUUCGGAUCAACCCCUCAUUGUCCAUCUCUGAAAAUAAUUGAACAGAGAAAAUCCAAUGAUGCAGAAGUCGAGUCACUGCGAGAGGAAUACCAUCAAAGGGUUGCAACACUUGAAAGGAAGGUGUAUGCUCUUACAAAGGAAAGGGACACGCUUCGGCGGGAGCAGAAUAAGAAAAGUGAUGCAGCUGCUCUUCUGAAGGAAAAGGAUGAAAUAAUUAAUCAAGUUAUGGCUGAAGGUGAAGAGCUUUCAAAAAAGCAGGCUGCUCAAGAAGGACAGAUUAGGAAAUUAAGGGCUCAGAUCAGAGAGUUUGAAGAAGAGAAGAAAGGGUUGAUUACUAAACUUCAGGAUGGGAAAACAUUGGACAAUGAGUUGGAGGUUGUUGAGGGAAUGAAGCUAGAUAGGGGCUACAUAUCCCCUUAUUUCAUCACCAACCAGAACAAUCAGAAAUGUGAAUUGGAAAAUCCUCUAAUCAUAAUCCAUGAGAAGAAAAUCUCAAGUAUUAAUGAUGUGGUUAAAGUAUUGGAGUUGGUUUUGCAGGUUAGCAUUUCUCUGGUUAGGUUCACUAGUUUCUUCGUUUUUACUAUGAAUUGGUUGACAAACUUUUGCUCCUUUUCAGAAGCAAAGUUAUGAUUUCAGAUCUGUAGAUAACCUGUUGUUGCUGAUAUUGCUACACGGGAGGAGAACAGAACAACUUGGAAAAUGUGCAAGAAGGGAGAGCUAACUCAUACAACGAAGAACAAAUUGAUGAAGUUAAGAUCAAAAUUAGUAGAAUUUGUGAGCUCUCCAUUAUUUAUAAUUAUAGGUAGGAAGUAUGUAUGUAAUAGAGCAAAGAUUGGUUGACUAUGUAAUAACAAUUGAAUUGUCAAGUUUUAUGAAAGAAAUAAUUUUUGCUUCUU